CCCUUGAACUCGCCAAAUUGCAGGAGACGGCAUCCCUGGAGAACAACGUGUGCAGUGGCAGCGCCACCUUCGCUACGCCGGACAAGACGGAGGUCAUGCUGAUGAACGUGCUGAUACCGCUGUGCAUCCGGGUGGGCAGCGGGAGGAAAGACGUGGCGCCGCUGAGGCAGGCGGACAUCAGCUUCAUCCUCACCGUAGUGCUCAACGCCAUGAGCCCGCCGGGGCCCAAGACGAACCCCACCGCCAGCCAGAACAUCAAGACCGUGUCCGAGAUGCGGGCGGGCAGCCUGACGGGCGGCAGCCACACCGACUCGAAGAAGCAGACGCUCCCCAAAGUGCCCAGGAGCUUGUACCAGGUGUCCUUCCUUGCCCUCAAGAUCCUCAUCGUGUGCUUCGAGCGCGAGCUGACGCCCGACUGGCCGCGGACAGCGCGGGUGCUCCGCGAUCAGGUUCGUCACAAGGACGCCGGGGCCGUGUUCUGGAACUUCCUGGACUUCGUGGUGACGCAGCGGACGCCGCUGUUCGUGCUGCUGCUGCCGUUCAUCAGCCAGAAGCUGACGCAGCCGCCGACCUCGGACGCGGAGCGGCACUCCAUGUUCGUGAUCCGAGAGAAGCUCCGCGGCUUCAGCCUGCCGCUGCCAAAGUCGCGCAGCACGCUGCUCAUGGAACUGGCGCACGAGAUCAAGGAGCUGAAGGAAGAACUCGACGACAAGCGUUACGACGAGCAAGUGAUGGACAGGCACAUUGUAAUGGAGACGACGCAUGCUAGACACCACCGGCCUUCGAUCAUUGACCUGCUCACCGGGGCCACCCACCAGUUCGACCACCAGCGGAACGUGCACCGGGAAUCGGUCUGCAGUGUGGCCAGCAGCAACAAAGGCCUGUCUAAGGAAGACACUCCGGACAAGGGCAGCGCGACCGCGCCAGGGGAGGCGGUGAGCCCGACGAGUCCCGGGGACGAGGACUCGAGCGAGGUGGCCAACCGACCCAGACUGCAGCGCUCCAAGGCGCAGAGCCGCAAGACGUUCAGGCUGCGGAAGAGCAGGAAGAACCGACCCGAUUCCAAAGGCGACCCGCAGAAGCAGCUCUCUGCGGACUCGGCGCUGUCGCUGCCGCGCCAGAAGGAGCUGGGCUCCGAGUCGGAGCUGCUCAAGCUGACGCGGCACAUGUCGGUGCGCGCGCGCCGGCCCACCGAGACGGCCGAGCUGACGCUGGAGACGGAGACGUCCGGGCUCGGGCGCGUGCGGCACCACUCGACCCUGGCGCUGUCCCACCUGCCGCCGUCGGGGGCUGCGGGUGCCGGCGGCGGCGGCCCGGGGCCCCGGCAGACCCGCCUGGGCAGCAUCGGGGAGCAGCGCAGCCCGCGCCUGGCCGCGCUGCACCUCGCCUCGCCGCCAGCCUCGCCGCCGCCCGCCUCGGCGCCGCCCCUCUCGUCGUGCCCGCCCCUGCUGCCGCCCAACCUGCCCCCGGGGCUGCCGCAGGGCGCGCCGCUCGCCCGCCCCUACACCACGCCGCCCAGCCUGUCGGAGCCGCGGAGCGACGAGGACUCGAGCUUCAGCAGCCACCUGCCGCCCCCGCUGCAGCCGACCCCGGCCCUGGGCUCCGGCGCGGGCUCCAUCGCCGUCCCCGUGGGCGCGCGCCUCGGCCCCCGGGGCUCGUACGGUCCCAGCGACCUUUCGUACGACGAGGACAGCGCCAUGUCCGUCACGUCGAGUACGUCGGGAUACCGGGAGAACUGUAGUCUGCUCAUGAUGGCCAUGGACAGCCCUCCGGACGACAGUACCAUGCUCCGGGGUGGUGGCGGCGGUAGCGGUGGCGGCGGCCUGAUGCAGGUCGGCACGGCACUCGGCACGGCCCUGUCCACCAGCAGCACCACGGUGGCAGGCGACCCCAGCUCUCCGGAGCACUCCCCGGAGCACUCCAGCACGACAACGGGCACGGCGGACGGCGAGACAACAGCACUGCUCGGGCACAGCCACAGCCAGAGCCAGAGCCACAGCCAGCACUCUUUGUUGGAGAGCUUUGACAGACAGGACGAAGACACACUCAUAUAGAGACUCAAAUCUAGUGGUAGGCUAGGCAGUAGGGGAUGGCAACAAAUGUUGAUAUCCCAGCAUUCAUGUGAUAAUUCUUUUUCACGUUGUUUUGAUGUUCCGAUGUUUUGAAUGAGAGCUCUUGUUGCUCUCUAAAAGAGUCUCUGCAAGGACAGCAGGGGCCGAAAAGCGACGCACACGCACAAACAGGCGUAUUCUAGUCAGGGGCCUAUUAAUUAAUUUUAUCGUGGUGAAUUAAUAACAGAGACUUCUGGAAUUAAGAUUCUUUGUGCAACCUUAUGUGCCAUCAAGGCACUGAGCAAAAUAUCAAAAAGAACAAACAGUUUUUCUUCUCUAUACUGUGGUAUGCUAACAUCGAAAAACUGAACUGAGAUGUGUCUUACAGUCCUGUGAUACCUUCAGGACAGACAGAAUAAGAAGAUUCUCGGAUUUCUUAAGUCUGUGCUGUUUUUUUAAGUUAUUAUCACUGUUAUGUUUGGAUUACUUUUAUAACAAGAAUUGUUACAAAU